AAGGUUUUGACACAUCCAAGUCUGAGAUGUCGGCUUUACACGAGCGCUUGGCUCAAAGACAAUUGGCCUUCAAACGAGGCACAGUGGGUGACCUGCAGCGCCUGCGGGACUUCACUGCCGAUGCAUGGAGGCAGCAGCACGACCAGAAAUUGUGGAUGCAUCGCAGCGAAGGUUUGGCAGCCAGGGAAUGCCUCAUGGAGGUGGAUGGCGAGAGAAUGCAUGUCGCAGUUCUAGAGCGCAUUAUGCCGCAGCUGCCUGACCUUCGGGCUCGCCUGAUGUCUACCGGAGAUGAACUGCGUGCUUUGCAAGAUGUACGAAGCAUACUCUCUGAGUUCGGCGAGGAACCAAUCCGAAUCUUUGGGCAGGAGAUCCCCAGUUGUUUGGCGCAGCUUGCUCAAAAAUCCGACUCGCCCGAGGAGAUCAGGGUUGAGGCCUUGGCAGCGCUGGCAGAUCUCGCAGGGAGCAACCGUGGUGCCCUCCUUGUAGCUGAAGUUGGUGCCUUGCCGCUUUGCGUCCGUAUGCUCCAGAGCUCUGAUGAGGCGACGAGAGAAGCGGCCAUGCGAGUUCUGAACCAAGUGCAACAAAAUAGCGACGUCUUUUGAAGCUUAGAGGGCGCACUCGAGCUCAGUUCAAAGAAGAAGCUUAGGAAGCUCUCACCUUCUGAUGACUCAAAACGGCAUGUAUCAUCACAUGUGGUCCAGUCAGACAAGCCUGACCGAACUGAGCGGGCUUGAGUCUUGAGUGUCAAACUGUACCAGCACCCCUUGCAUGUCAAGAUGGCGCUGGACAGCCAGGCUGGACCAAUGAACAGGUCAAACUUGACCUUAUUGCAGGUUCGAC